GCAGAGAUCAGUGCGAGUCUCGAUCGCCGCUGCUCGUACUCGAUCUCAGACGUGUUGCCCGGGGUGGUUUGUCGUGGGGCUGAUCUGAGUGACAAGAUUGUCGUGUCUACUUUCAGACAAAACAAAACAUUGUGCUAAACUUUUGAUGGCGACCAACAAUGCCGUCAUGACCACCGACGUUAAACUAUCGCGAUGUAACAAUCAACCGUGGGGCUUUCGACUUUCUGGAGGCGUGGACUUUACUUUUCCUUUGACUGUCGUCAGAGUGACGAUCGGAGGCUUGGCCCAUAAAGCUGGUUUGGAAGCGGGCGAUGUAGUGAUCUACGUGAACAGAGAGCCAAUAAGUCAACUCACACAUAUGCAAGUCCACGAUAAGCUUGUCAAUAUUGGCAAUGAUAUCGUUUUAUCUGUUGUGCACAGUCACGAGAUCGCGCAACAACAACAGAGGGGCGCGCACAGGAUCAAGUAUAUAUCAAGCAUGGAUACUAUGAAAGUAAAAAAAAAAACAGGAAAAAUGACUUUAAAGAUUACAGAAUUGAAGGAACAUGUAGGAAAUCACACACAAUGAUUAUAAGUAACGAUCACAUUGGGAUAACUAAAUGUCUAGUCCUCGUCUUCUUAGAGCUAUGGUAUAUGCAUGUCAGGCGAAUUUAUCGAACGCAGAAUUGAAUCUUUCUUAUUAUCCAUCAACACGUACCAAUUUCACUUUCCAUGUAUAACAUGACACUGGAUAAGGACUAUCUUCUUCCGUGAUAACUAUCUGAUAAUAUGCACGUUUUUCAUUAUCGGAUCGUAGACAAAUGUCGUGUAUGCGAUGGCAGGUUUAAACCUUUAAGGUAUGUUCUGACAUUAAAUAUUAUAUAUCAAAGAUUAGCAAAAACGGUGGAACAUACAAGAAGCAAUUUAAAUCUUUCUAUUAUUUGUCCGUGCAUAUAUGUAUGUAUGUAUAGUCUGUUUUAUUGCGAUCAUUAGAGUAUAACAAAAGUGGUAUAAAUAUUUAUCAUUAAUG